CAAAGAGAGAGAGAGAGUGGGGAGUUGGCACGCCGACCGGAACGGCCCCACCGAGUUUUAUCCAACGAUCCGGGAGGCUCGUCGAGGUAGUGGUCCGCGCCCCACAGCCGCGACAGCUCGAAACGCGCGUGCCGCGUCCGUUUCUCCGUCUCUUGGGUAACUAACUCGUUCUCUAUCGAGAAAGGGAGGGAUAGAAGAGUCGGUCCGAAAGAAUUCGUCCGAGUUUUGACCGAGUGUCCACCCACGGUGGACGCGAUCCGCCGCGAUUUCGUCGCGUUUUCCGUGUCGUCGGGGUGGUGAAUUCUCUGUUUUCCCUAGGUGUGCGAGAAGAGCGCGCGAUUCGGAUCGCGAGACGUUCCUUCUCCAUCCGCGAGGUGGUGGGCAAUGAUAACAGGAGGCGCAAGGGUUUGGAAGGGGGAGACCUCUGCUGACAGUGCGAUCGUAGCAGGAUUCUGAGUUACCGGAGAAAAGAUUUCCAAGGAUUCCAACCUCGAUAUCGUAGACCGGUGCCAGGACAUUCGGGGGUGGUGCCGGUUACGUACGCGACACGAUCACGAGCGUUCCGGGGCAGUGACGCCUUCGACAUUCGCACCUGGACAUUCGCAUGGGGUCGGCACUGAUGCUCUGGUGAAAGAUCGGAUGAUCUAGAUUGGCGCGAGGGGACGACGGAAGAAGAAGAGAGGAGGCAGAGAGCAGGAUGUUGUGGCGCGUGGUGGCGGUGGUGGUGGCGGCGGCGACGGCGGCGGCCAUCCUAGCGGCCACGGAGAAGGUGGACGGCGACAAAGUGGUGGUUCUCCCCCACGACGUUUAUCCGGGCUACGAGGUGACGUUGUUCAACACGAAACGGCCCUCCAACUUUCGCCUCAUGGAGAACAAUUUCUCCAAGUUCUUCACCGUGCUCGGCAACGGCCUCGUGAUGACCACGUCCGACUUGUCCCCCCUGGUCGACCGACCGGUCAAUCUGAUAGUGGUGGAGGAGUUGGCGAACGCGACCGAGACCCACUUCCUUCAUCUCUACGUGAUCAAUCGGCGGAACAUGAUCACUUUCUCGCACGAUCGUUUGGGCGAGGGCGAGGUCGGGGAGAACCGGCCCGCUGGCACUUUGGUCGACGGUUUCCCGGUGCUGAGGGCGCGGGGCAGCUUCCCGGUCCAUUACGCGAUCCUUGGCGACGAGGGGGGCGACAGGCCGUUCGCCCUGAAGGAGGAGGGCUCGGAUCGGACGGGGUUCAACUUGACGUUGGGCAGCGAGAGGGAAGGCGUCCGCGUGGUCACGGCCAGGCCGUUGGACCGCGAGGCGGCCAAGGCGUACGCGGUGGCGAUCCACGCCUCGGACGGUUAUCUGUUGACCAGCAGCCGGAUCGACGGGGUGGUGCGGGUGUUGGACGAGAACGACAACAGCCCGGUGUUCGAGAGGGAGGAGUACACGUUCGAGGCGAGGCCGAGCUCGAGGGAGGCAGGGGGGAGGAGGAGGGGGAGCCUCGGCUGGAAACGAUUCUCGACCGUGGGCAAGGUGGUGGCCAAGGACGCGGACGGGGACAAGGUGGCGUACAAAUUGGCGACGCCUAGCAGGUUGUUGGUGGUCGUGCCGCAGACCGGGGAGCUGAUGCUGGUCGGCGAGCCGGAGAUCGGGCCCGAGGAGGACGCCGAGUGCGUGGCGGUGGUGGAGGCGCACGACGUGCGCAACCCUAGCAGGUCGAGCGAGAAGCCGGCCAAGGUGGUGGUCAGGUUCCUCACGUCGGAUCCGAUCGUCGUCGCGAAACACGAGGACGGCGAUGACGACGAUGGGGUGGUGGAGGUGCACAGGAUACGGAAGAGGAGGGUGACCAGGGCGGUGAGGCCGACGAAGAAGGUGGACUUCACGGAGGCCGAUGGCGACAUCGAGGGGAAGAUCGUGUUCUAUCUGGAGAAGGAGAACGAGAAGGAGACGUACAAGAUCAGGGACGAGAACAAGUGGGUGACGGUUGAUUCGAACGGGUCGGUUAUAGUGAAGCAGAAAUGGGAUUACGAGGAGCUCGGCUCGGAAAAGACUAUCGAUUUUUGGGUGACUAUCACCAAUACAGGAUUUCAAUACACGGACAAUCAGCGUGUCAUUAUCAACGUGAAGGACGUUAAUGACGAGCCACCGUACUUCAUAAAUCGGCCACUGCCGAUGCAAACGGUCGUACAGCUGAAUGCACCGCCGAAUACUCACGUGUUUACCCUUCAAGCAAGGGAUCCUGACACGGACAGCAAUAUUCACUACUUCAUCGUACGAGAUCGGACUGGGGGCCGUUUCGAGGUGGACGAGCGAUCCGGUGUCGUACGUACUCGAGGGACCGAUCUCUUCCAGUUGGACAUGGAGUACGUUCUGUACGUGAAAGCGGAGGAUCAGAACGGGCGUAUAGACGAGAGGCGUUAUCAGUCGACUCCCGAGGAACGGCUAUCGAUCGUAGGUGGAAAACGGGCGCCGCAAUUCUACAUGACCGCGUACGAGGCCGAGAUACCGGAAAAUCAGAAGAAGGACUCCGACAUCAUAUCGGUGAAGGCAAAGUCGUUCGCCGAUCGUGAGAUUCGAUACACGCUGAAGGCGCAGGGGCAAGGCGCAGCGGGAACGUUCAAUAUCGGACCGACCACCGGCAUUGUAAAAUUGGCGAAAGAAUUAGAUUUCGAGGAUCUUCGUCAACCGCACAUCUACUCCCUUAUCGUUACCGCCACCGAGGAUUCCGGCGGUUUCUCUACGUCCGUCGAGUUGACGAUACGAGUUUCCGACGUGAACGACAACGCGCCGAAAUUCGAGUUGCCCGAUUACCAAGCGCAUAACGUGGACGAGGAUAUAUCGUUGGGGACGAGUAUACUGAAAGUGAAAGCGACCGACGCGGAUUCCGGUGCGAACGCGGAAAUAGAGUAUCUGGUGUCGGACGACCACUUCAGCGUGGACUCGAGCGGGAUAAUAGUUAACAAUAAGCAGCUCGACGCGGAUAACAACAAUGCCUAUUACGAAUUCGUUGUCACCGCCAGAGACAAAGGCGAGCCACCGAAAACGGGGACGGCGACGGUGCGCAUAUACACGAAGAACAAGAACGACGAGGAGCCAAAGUUCUCGCAGCAGGUGUACACGCCGAACGUGGACGAGAACGCCGGACCCAACACGCUCGUCACGACGGUGGUCGCCUCCGACAAGGACGGGGACAACGUUCGUUUCCGAUUCGUGGGCGGUAACACGACGUCGGGCCAGUUCGUGAUCGAGGAGAUCACCGGUGUGAUUCGCCUUCACGGGAAAGCGAUCUCUUUGGACAGAGACAAGUACGAGUUGAACGUGACCGCCCUCGACGACGGUGCUUGUUGCCCGAACGGGGAGACCACCACCCACACCAGCACCGCUGUCGUCGUCGUUUUCAUCACCGACGUGAACGAUAACAAGCCGGUGUUCAAGGAUUGCAGCAUGUACAACCCGAAGGUGGAAGAAGGGGCGCCCAACGGUAGCACCGUGAUCAAAGUUCAGGCCACGGACGAGGAUAAGGGUGUGAACGGGCAAGUGAAAUAUUCCAUCGUACAACAACCCAAUCAGAAGGGAACCAAGUUCACCGUUGACGAGGAGACUGGCCAAGUUUUGACCAACAAGGUAUUCGAUCGCGAAGGAGACGACGGUAAAUUUGUAUCCGUUACUGUGAAAGCGACGGAUCAAGGCGAGCCUUCCUUGGAAGGUGUUUGCUCCUUCACCGUUGAAAUCACCGAUGUCAACGAUAACCCGCCAUUGUUCGAUCGUCAGAAUUUGCUGGCUGUGACGCAGAGCCUGGCUUAUCCACUUUAA